GUAUAUUUAAAAUGGCGUCAGUGUUGGAAAAAGAGAGGUAUUUGUUUCUUCCAACAAACUAAAAAACCAAAAUAGAAUAAAAACAUAGACAUCUAAUUUUGGGAGGUGAAAAGUGCGAAUUAAAACCGUCAGAAAGUGGUGCCGCGCAUGUGCAAUUGACCCCGUACAAACACUGACAUGUCGUUGGCAAGAGUGCAACAAGCGAGAGCAACAAGUGAUUCGUGAAAAGCAAUUUGUGGCAAUUUAAAAUGUCUAAACCAGCAGUUAAUCCGCCUGGCUGCAGCUAAACUAGAAGAAUCCGUCCCAGAGUACCACUAAUAGGCGUCGGAAUAGGAGCUGCGCCCCUAAAAAACGCAGCGACUCCAGUGUGCACACGUAACCUUGUGUGCGCGUAGCACGGAAGCUGUUGCUGCUACUUUGGCUUGGUUGAAUCGGAAUACUUGUUGUUCGCAGGUAUGUGGCUGUUGAUGCCACUGCUUUGCCACUGAUUGCCCACCUAAACGGAGUUUUACUUGCUGCAGAGUCGAUUGCGUGCUUUUCCACGGACGUCGGGUACGUUUCCGAAGAUGGAUACCAAUUCCGGAGCUGGAUCUGGAUCUGGGGUCGGGCCGGAUGGUGAUGGCGAAGCGGGUCCCUGCUCCACGGUGGCGACGCACAACGAACAGCCGCAAACGAAACGCCAAAAGAUCGAAAAGCAGUUCAAGAAUGAUCGGAGCUGCAAGGCGCUUACCCCCUCCCCGCCCGACAUUCUCGACGGGAGGAGGGGGGAGGCGGUCUUGGACAACAACAACAGCAACAACAAGAACCAUCUCUGCUCAUCGCUCUCCUCGUCGUCGACGCACUCGCUGUCCACGCCCAGCAGUACCAACAACUCCCCCACCACGACGCCGUGCAGCUCACGAGCCGCGUCCUACGCCCAGUUGUUGGGUCAUAACACCUUGCCACAAAACGGGGAAGCAGAAGCGCAUGCUGCCGACCCCGAGUCCACCAAGGAUGAGGUGGACCGCGCCGCCCAAUUGCCAGACCUGCUGACCCUCAACAAAACAAACAGUACCAACAGCAGCAGUAGCAUAAGCAGCAGCCGGAACAACUGCAUCCCGGCCGCGCCCAUCGACGACAUGCUGGAGUUCGAGCAGUCCCUGACCCGCCAGUGCCUCUGCGGUGUUUCGGAGAGGACGCUGCGCAAGCCGUUCCAGUCGCACUACUCCCAGGACAGCAACGGACAGAAGCGAAUCGCCUAUCUGCGCGAGUGGCCCACCAACAAGCUGCUCCAGUUCCUGUCCAACCUGCAGCUGCUGUUCGACAUAUACUUGAAGCAGAAUGCCAAGGGCUUCAUCUGCACUCGGAUAAUGGACGUCUGCGACGCACUAAUCCGCAACGACCACAAGCUCAUUGACGAGAUCAUCGUCCUGGCCGGCUACGACAACCCGUACGUGCAAUUCUUGGCGGGUCGCGUCCUGGCCGCCUUCCUGGUUAUUGCCAAGCAGGAGCUGAACGACGAGUGGCUGCAGAAGAUCGUCGACCAGCUGUUCAACUUCGAGCAGCUGGACCAGGCCGCCGUGCAGAAGAUCCACUUCAGCCUGGACAUAAUCAAGCGCAUCGUCGAGUGGAAGGACAUGGAAAUCCAUCCGCUGGACGACGAUUGGAUGGCGGCGGCCAACACGGCGACAGCAGCUUCUUCGGUAGUUCCACUCCCCACAGAAGCCUCUGUCAGCUACAUGCACUUUCCCGUCCAGGAGCAGCCAAUAUCCAGCAACUACUUUGCGCUGCAGUUCCGAGAGGAUGCGGCGGUCGAUGCCGAGCCAGAACCCACCGACAAUCGGGAGAGGCACCGACGGCACUUUGGCGAGGAGCUGAGCGACGGAUACGACUCCCAUUCCCAGCCAACACCCACGUCCGCGUCCGUGCCCAACGGCUGUCACGUGGUCACGCUCACCGAUUCGGAGAGUUUCGAUACCACGCACCUCAAGUGUAUUACCAUACAGAAGCUGGAGCACAAGUGGCCCACUCUGGUGAAGAAUAUGUCGGAGCUGAUGGCGCCCGCGCACCAGGACGCCACCGAGCACUGCGUCCUAAACUUCCUGCAGCUGUGGGAGAACAUAAUCUCGGUGAAGGCCAACCUGUCGAUUGAUGAGACGCGCCCCUACUACGCCCAGCUGGACAAGUUCGAGAUGCUGCUCAAUCACAACCUCUCCUGCACCGUCUACAAACAAAUGCUGUGCCUCUUCAACGAGGCCCUCUGCUACGGCUCCACGCUGGCACUGCAGGACAUGCUACCCGAGGAGACGUGUAAGCUGGCCCAUCAAAUCGUACGCCACGUGCGAGGCUUCCGGAUCCUUGAGUCGCUGCCGCGCCGCCAGCCCGACAACAUGGUCAGCCUCAUCGGUUACAAUGGCAGGCCGCUGUUAUAUGGCAACGGAAGCAUUGCCCUGGCGUCGCAGUCCUCGCCGUCCAUGGGCGCUGGACAGGAUGGGGACGAUGUGGCGCCACUGGACCUCAUCGAGAUGGACAAGACGUUGCUGCAGAAGAUGGUGCUGCUGGUGCUGAAGUCAAUAGCGGUGACCGUGAAGGAAAUCCGCAGUGAUUCGUCGGACUCGUCCAUCGACUCGAGCGACUACGACGCCUUCCAGGACAUGAUGCUCAUCGAGCGCUCGAUCCGGGACGUGCUCAGCAAGCUGGAGCGCUUCAUCAAGCAGACGCUGGAGUUCCACCCGGAGUGCCACUUCAGCAAGAUCCUGAUCCACCUGUUCGACGACCAAGACGACCACCUGAUCGAGGCCAUGGUCUGUACGCUGGACGUCACUUCGGGCAUAUCGUUCCGGAACAACGCCUUCCCAGAACUGGUCGACAUGCUGAACCCGGUGUACACAUUCCUCGAGUUCCUCAAGAUGACCUCGAACAGCUCGGACCUGCUGCUGGACCUACUCGUGAGCAACGAGACCUGUUUCCUGCUCUACCUUCUCCGGUUACUCAAGUACGUGCGCAUGAACUGGACCAUGUUCGUCCACAGCUGCAACAGCUUCGGAAUGGGCAGCACCAUGCUGGAGGAGGCGAUGGGUGUGCUCAUACGGCUGCGCCUGCAGAUAUCGCGUCUGGUGUCGCGCCAACUGUAUCCCUAUGACAUAUCCCCGGUGCUGCGUCUGCUGGAGAGCUGCGAGAGUCUCUACGAGGGCAACGAACUGAGCUGAGCUGAGAUCAGAUCGGAUCAGAAUCAGAUCAGAAAUGGACAAAAAAAACCACUAUAUGCAAUUAAAAUACGUAAUUUAUUUUAAUAUUUAAUGGAAUAGGAGAAACUAGCGCAAAAUUCGAUGAAAUGGAUCCUUGUAGCAUAUCACUCCACUCCGCACUCGGCACUCCGCACUAAGCACCACUCGACAUAUCUCCACAAACUGUCCCGAUCCAGUAACGCGAUAACCCUAGUUAAGUUCUAUAUACUCCUCAUCCGAUUCGCAGGCCUCUCCUCUCCUCUCCACCUAGUUACAUAGCUGUAUGUAGUUGUCAUUGUAAUGAGCAUCAUGAAUUCCAAACUAAGCACUACCUUAGCCUAAGAUUGUGUUAAUCUUGCCUUAAGUAGAGUAAUGUACAAUAGGAUGGCGGCCCACAAGAUUGGCUCAUCCCGCGAGAGGAAUAUUCUUUGUACGUUUUUUUAAAACACUUGAAUAUACAACCUAAUUAACUGAUUAAAAGAAACGCAUUAAGACAGACUAA